AUGGUGUGAUAAAGUACUUGCAUUGAAAGAAAGAAUAAUAUUUAAUAAAGAGGACCAACCCAAAAACAAAGUGACUACAAACCCGCAUAUGUAUUUACAUUCAUAAGUAUUAGAAGAAUUCUAUUUAUUAUUGCGGCAAAAAAGGUGCAUCACAUCAUCACGAUAGCGGCUACAAUUGGAAAAAUCUAAUAUUAGGGAUUACAAUGGGUUGUGCAGAAAGUAAGGAUGGAGAAGAGCCCCAAGAAAACCGACCGAAAUACCGGACAUGCACUGAUACAUUCUGGCUUGCAAUUUUCAUACUAUUUUGGUUAUUUUUGAUUGUAAUAGCAAUAUUUUCUUUUGUUUACGGCAAUCCAUUAAGAGUAAUUAACGGUUAUGACUCAUUCGGAAAUACCUGUGGGGUUAAGCGUAACGAAAAGUUUUCAACUAUACCAAAUUCGGGCAUGAAUACAAUUGAUAAGCCACAACUUUUCUAUUUCGACUACAAAAAUCCUCGUCAAUCCAUUAAAAUAUGUGUUAAAGAAUGUCCUUCACGAAAUAUUAAUAGUAAAACCGACCUUCACAAAUAUUACAUGGAUACAGGAACAAAUCUUUGUCGUUAUGAUUUCAAUAUGGAUUCCCUACUUGAUACAAAUAACAAAAACAUUGAUGAAUAUUUUAAUUUCUUGGGACCAUGUCCAAAACUUCCGAUCUAUGAAGAGUCGCCAGUUUUACAUCGUUGUAUGCCGAAAGGUAGAAAUGCUACUGAACUUUACAACUUGCUCAAUUCAUGGGAUGUUGCUCAACAAUUUUUGGGUGAUAUAUAUUCCACUUGGCAUAUUAUUGCUAUCAUAUGCGGCAUUUCAUUAUUAAUAUCAAUUGCACUUGUAACACUCAUGCACUGGAUGUCGCGCAUUAUAUCCUGGCUUAUCUGUGUGCUGGUUAUUGUGGCCAGUUUGGCUUUAACCGCAGCGCUGUGGUAUGCAUAUUAUAGUAUACGCAACAAAUCGCGUCUAAAUGCACAAUAUUCUAUGUUAGAAGAAUUUAUACGAAAUGAAGACGCUGUCUACAUCCUCGCUAUAUUAGCCACUAUAACUUUGAUAGUCUUAGUGGUUAUUAUUUACUUCCUUAAGAACAAGUUGUCUGGCUUGUCGGCUCUUUUUGAAGAGGCUGGAGUUUGUAUGAUGAACUUACCGGGCUUAAUAAUUGCACCUCUACUAGCAUUUGCCGUAUUGGCUGUGUUUUUAGCCUUUUGGGUGUUGGUAGUUAUUUGUAUUGUUACCGCUAGUGCACCGGGACAGAGUCCCAUAGCACCGUUCGACAACACAGCAUCCCAACAAUUGCCUCCUCCUGCCGGCCUUGCUCCACCGAAGAAUACCUCAGAAAUCAACUUUAGAACAAUAUUGCGCGUAGAAUACACAGAUGCCAAGGCUAUCCGCAGCAUGUUUUGGAUUUAUGUAAUUGGUCUUAUUUGGACGACUGAAUUUAUUUUUGCUUGCCAGCAAUUUGCACUUGCUGCAGCUGUUGCUUUUUGGUAUUUCCAAAAGCCUACUUCCACUCCUACCACAUACGCAAUCGGGAAACUGCUUAAAUAUCAUUUGGGCACCGUUGCUAAGGGUUCAUUUGUGAUAACUGUUUUCAAAAUUCCAAGGCUUAUACUGACUUACCUUUAUGCUAAAUUCAAGAAAGGUGCUGAUAAAGGCUCUGAAUGCGCCGAUUGCUGUCUUAAGUGCUGUAUUUGCGGUUUUUGGUUGUUGGAAAAAUUCAUACGCUUCUUAAAUCAUAACGCUUAUACAGUUGUAGCUAUUGAAUCAAUAAAUUUCUGCCCAGCAGCAGGCAUUGCUUGGAAUGCUAUGGCAACUAAUGCGCUUCAAGUGGCAACCAUUAACAGUGUUGGCGACUUUAUACUCUUUCUGGGAAAGGUUAUUGUAGCAGCACUUAGUGGUCUUAUUGGUAUCUUUGUACUAAAGGAUCGUCCGGGACUGAAUUUCUAUAUGGCGCCGGUGAUCAUUAUAAUCAUUUUCUCAUUUUUCAUAGCGCACAUAAUUCUGACUCUUUUUGAGAUGGUAGUUGACACCCUAUUUUUAUGUGUUUGUGAGGAUAAAACUAUAAAUGGCCGUGGCGGCCGAUGGGCACAAAGUAAUCUAGCCAAAUUAGUUGGCGAAGAACCAUUACAACCUGGUGAAGAGCCCCCCAUACAAGUUGUAGAAAUGAUGCCCAUUAAUAAAGAACCCUUCAGCAUGACAAGAUUGCCUCGCAGAGAUGUCGUUGAUGGUGUGACAGAAUAAAAUACAUAAAUGAUGAGCUCCGUCAUCAGUCAUUACCACCAAUAAAGGCCUUCAGCAUGACUAGAUAUUAAAGCUAGUGGGUAGUGGAGAAAUUCGAAAGACAAGUGAAGCGAUACUUUUAAAAGCAGCACCUCGAAGCAGCCAUUUAAGAUCAAUAAAGUAAUAACUUAAGAUAUUUAUAAACUUAAAAUUUUUUCUGUAUUUUUGUACGUUGUCCAGUUUAGUUAACUGAAAUACUAUUUAAAUAAGAUGAAAACCUUAAUAAAACGAUAUGAAUACAUACCCUA